UCAAAAGAAGCCAAAGGAGGGAAAGAAGGGAGCCAGGUGAGAGUUGGGGAAGGGAGAAGCCUGGAAAGAGGGGAGGAGAAGGAGGUCCUCUAUUGCCCAAACAGGUCACCCCCAGUUUGCUCCUGAUGCUGCUCUCCUCAAAAUGAAGGGUGCUUCAGCAAAGCAAGCUUAGGAACAUCUUUGCCCAGAGACAGAAGGAGAAUAACUGAUCCUAUUUGUGAUUUGACUGGCAUAAAAAAACAAAGAUGGAUGAGCCAGACAUAGGCCAUCCUGAAGGAGGAAGAGUCCCUGAUGGCAUUAGAGCUGGGAGCACUGGGGAGUUCUGGGAGAGGACAGUCCAGAAGAGGUUCCUGGGUGGGGACCUUGCCAACUCAAACAUUCAGCAGCAGCGCUUCAGGCAGUUCUCCUAUGAAGAGGGUGAAGGCCCCCGAGAGGUUUGCAGCCAACUCCACCAUUUCUGUCGUCAGUGGCUGAAGCCAGAGUGCCACACAAAAAAUGAGAUCCUGGACCUGGUGAUCCUGGAGCAGUUCCUGACUAUCCUGCCCCCAGAGAUGGAGAAGUGGGUCAGGGAAUGUGGGGCAGAAACCUGUUCUCAGGCGGUGGUCCUGGCAGAAGGUUUCCUCCUGAGCCAGGCAGAAGCAGAGAAGAAGCCAAAAGAGCCACAGCUCAAAAAUAUCUUGAGAGAAGUUGACUCUGAAUUCUCUGUGGCAGAGAAAGCUCCAUUGGACAUGAGGCAGAGUCCCCAGUGGAGAGAGAUCAAGCAGGAGUGUGAUGGAGGGCCCCCCUUGCAAGAGGAUGGAAUGAUGCCACCAACAAAGAUACAGUUCUCUCUUUCUCUUCUUUGCGGUGGAACAGAAACAGAUCAGGAUCUGUUGAUGUUUGAGGAAGUGGCUGUGUCUUUCUCCCCAGAGGAGUGGGCCCUGCUGGAUCCUGACCAGAAAGCCCUACAUAGGCAGAUCACAGUAGAGAUCCAUGGGAACAUGGCCUUCCUUGCAGAAAACUGGAGGAAAACACAUAUAUGUGCUAAGUUUGGGAAAUGUUCUAGGCAGCAACUGGAACUUACCAGCCACCAGCAAGCCCAAUAUUCAGAAACGGAACGUUAUAUCGGAGAGAAGCCCUCCAAAUGCAAUGUUUCUGGGAAUACAGCACUUGUGCCUUACAAGAGGCUCCAUGCUGGAAAAGAAUCCUUUGAGUGUGAAGUUCCUGCUAAAGCUUUUAAUGAUAAGUUGUACAGUGUUAACAAAGAAGCCCACGCAGUCAAGAAACUUCACAAAUGCCAGAAAUGUGGAGAAUGCUUUGCUUACCAGUCACUACUUAUCACACAUCUGAAAGCGCACACAGACGUUGUGGGCCAGUGCAAAACCAACACAGGAGAGAAACCAUUCCAAUGCCAGGAGUGUCAGAAAUGUUUUUCUCAAAAGGGAUACCUUGUGAUUCAUCAGAGGGUGCAUACAGGAGAGAAACCCUACACAUGUCAAGAGUGUGGCAAAUGUUUUGCUCAAAAGGCAAACCUUGUGAUUCAUCAUAGAGUGCAUACAGGAGAGAAGCCAUACAAAUGCCAGGUGUGUGGCAAAUGCUUUCCUCAUAGUUCAAACCUCCUGGUCCAUAAAAGAGUCCACACAGGCGAGAGACCCUACAAAUGCAAAGAGUGUGGGAAAUGUUUUUCUCAAAAGACAUGCCUCGUGAUUCAUCUGAGGGUGCAUACAGGAGAGAAGCCAUACAAAUGUCAGGAAUGUGAGAAAUGUUUUGUUUCCUGGCCAGAAGUCGUAAAACACCAAAGAGUCCACACAGGUGAAAAACCCUACAAUUGUCAGGAGUGUGGUAAACGUUUUGCUCAAAGAGCAACCCUUGUGAAACACCGGCAACACCACAGUGGAGAGAAACCGCAUAUUACGUAGUUGCUAGGCAGACCUGGCUUCCUGGCGACCGAUCACAGUUUGGGAAGGCUGUGAGGAAAGCUACGGGGGAUUAGAGUCAGGGAUUAGAUGGGGGGGGGUGGUUCAGUGAAGAUCUGAUAAAGAUUCUGACAGGAGAGGGAAUUCAGUACAGUUACUCCAGUAGGGACUGUGAUUCAAUUAGUCUAGUUAGGUCUGGUGGGUAUUCCUACUGAAAGUGAGAGAGUAGGAUGCAACGUAUUUGAAAGCAUAGCAAUUGUUUGUUGUUACUGUAACCACACUAAGCUUGAAGUAACCGAGAUAAGUUAUUUUAUUUCAUGAUGUUA